AUGGCCACUGAUGCCAAGGAAAUUUCAAAACUUGAGCUGGAGGCUGUCAUCGGGUUCAACGGGUAUUUGCCUUCUGGCCUGAGCGUCCAUCCAGACAGAGAGCACCUGGUCUAUCCUCUGGGCUGCACUGUCAUACUGAAGAAGAUCAAAGAUGGCAAACAGGAGUUCCUGGACGGACACACGAACAAUGUAUCCUGUGUGUCAGUGUCCAAAAGUGGAUGCUACAUUGCGUCCGGACAGGUCAUCUAUAUGGGCUUUAAGGCUGAUAUAAUAAUCUGGGACUAUGCACAGCGAUCAAUCUAUGCCAGACUGCAGCUCCACAAAGCCAAGGUGGAGGCACUUUCCUUCUCUCCGAAUGAGAAGUACCUGGUGUCGCUUGGGGGUCAGGAUGAUGGCGGUAUAGUUGUAUGGAACAUUGAGACCAAGCAGGCUAUCUGUGGGAGCCCAGCCUCGUCUACCAGUGCCGGUCACUGCCUCACCGUACAGUACUCCAACACAAACGACAACAUCUUCGUCUCUGCCGGAAAUGGUACACUGCGAGUCUGGGAGCUGGACGUCCCCAAACGAAAAAUCAGACCGACUGAGUGUCAGACUGGCAAACUGAAGAGGUCUUUCAAAUGCAUCAAGAUCUCAGAGGAUGAUCAGUUCAUUUUCUGUGGCACGACCAGUGGAGACAUAAUGAAAGUCAACCUGAAGACGGGGCUCCUGAACAGCUGUGGGCCAGUUAAAAAGAAAUACAGCCUGGGUGUCAGCAGCCUAACAACGCUGAAAUCUGGGGACCUUCUUGUGGGCUCUGGAGCUGGGCUCCUCACUCUCUGCUCUGUAGAUAACUUCAAAAUUCUGAAGGAAGUCCAGCUGGAAAAAGGAGUGACCUCUAUUACUUUGAGAGGAGAGGGCCAGGAGUUCUUUGUUGGGACAGAGGCUGCUCAGAUCUACCGCUUCAGCUUCAAGGAUUUCAAGGCUGAACUCAUCUUCACCAGCCACAACAGCGCUGUCAGGGAUGUGGCCAUCCCUUUUGGUACGUCUGAGUUGUUUGGAACCUGUUCCCAGGAUGACAUCAGGGUUUGGUACAAAGACAAGCCCAAGGAGCUGUUGCGCAUCACUGUGCCCAACGUGACCUGCAAUGCCCUGGACUUCAUGGUUGAUGGACGGAGCAUCAUUAGUGCAUGGAAUGAUGGCAAGAUCCGUGUGUUUGCCCCGGAAAGUGGCCGACCGAUGUUGAUCAUCCACAAUGCCCACAGCAUGGGUGUGACUGCUAUUGCUGGCACCAGUGACUGCAAGAAGAUCAUCAGUGGAGGGGGAGAAGGACAGAUCCGUGUUUGGGAGUUGCAGCCACAUGGCCACCGGCUGCUGGAGACUAUGAAAGAGCACAAGGCCACUGUCACCUGCAUCAAGAUCAAGAGCGACAACAAAGAGUGUGUCACUGCCAGCUCUGACGGUGCCUGUAUCAUCUGGGACUUGGUGCGAUUUGUGAGAAAUCAGAUGGUGCUCGCCAACACGCUGUUCCGGACUGUGUGCUACCACCCAGAGGAAUACCAGAUCAUUACCAGUGGCACUGACAGAAAGAUUGGCUACUGGGACAUUUUUGACGGCUCGGCCAUCAGAGAGCUGGAGGGUUCCCAGUCUGGGGCCAUCAACGGCAUGCACAUCUCACAGGAUGGCAAACAUUUUGUCACGGGUGGAGAUGAUAAGCUGGUGAAGGUGUGGAACUACCAGGACGGUGACGUGACCCAUGUGGGGGUGGGCCAUGGUGGCAGUAUCACCAGUGUCAAGAUCUGCACCAACAGCCGCACUUUAGUCAGUACCAGCGCAGACGGAGCCAUUCUUCAGUGGAAGUUCCCCCAUCACUCCUCUUCCUCCUCCUAACAGGAUGCAUGGAGCCCUGGAGGACAGAGACUUUUGAACCAAACACACCACCAAACCUCUCCCAAACACAGCUGACCCCAUUCUUACACUAAUAUUGCAGAGCAAAUUUUUACA